AGGGAAGACACUCUGAACAGAGGACUGUGCUCUCCCAGGAUGCCUGUGAAGUGGGUGUCUGCCCUGCUCCUGCUGCAGAUGAGUUGCUGCUUCAGAUCUGCUAACUGUGGGAAGGUGUUGGUGUGGCCUAUGGAAUACAGUCACUGGAUGAAUUUAAAGAUAAUACUGGAUGAACUUGUACAGAGGGGUCAUGAAGUGACUGUUCUGAGACCAUCAGCUUCCAUUUUGCUUGAUCCUGAAAAAUCGCCUGGCCUUAAAUUUGAAACAUUUUCUACAACUAUCAGUAAAGAUGAUCUGGAAAAUUUUUUCACAAAGAUUGUGACUAUGUGGACUUAUGAGCUGCCAAGAGAUACAUGUUUAUCAUAUUCUCCUUUGCUACAAAAUAUUUUUACAGAAUAUUCUGCUUAUUAUCAAAGUCUUUGUAAAGACACAGUUUCAAACAAACAGCUUAUGGCAAAACUGCAGAAAUCCAAGUUUGAUGUCCUGAUCUCAGAUGCGAUUGCUCCCUGUGGGGAACUGAUAGCUGAACUGCUCCAUCUUCCUUUUCUGUACAGUCUUCGUUUCACUCCAGGCUACACAUUGGAAAAGUACAAUGGAGGAUUUGUGCUCCCUCCCUCUUAUGUACCUAUGAUUUUGUCAGGACUAGGUGGCCAAAUGACAUUCUUAGAGAGGGUGAAAAAUAUGAUAUGUAUGCUUUAUUUUGACUUUUGGUUCCAGACAUUUGAUGAGAAGAAAUGGGAUCAGUUCUACAGUGAAACUUUGGGAAGGCCCACCACCUUAUCUGAAACAGUCAGCAAAGCAGAAAUGUGGCUCAUUAGGUCCUACUGGGAUUUGGAAUUUCCUCACCCGACCUUACCAAAUGCUGACUAUGUUGGAGGACUCCACUGCAAACCUGCUAAACCCUUGCCUGAGGAAAUGGAAGACUUUGUCCAGAGCUCUGGAGAGCAUGGGGUUGUGCUGUUCUCUUUGGGGUCCAUGGUCAGUAACAUGACAGAAGAAAUGGCCAACACAAUUGCAUGGGCCCUUGCCCAGAUUCCACAAAAGGUUCUUUGGAGAUUUGAUGGCAAAAAACCAGCCAACUUAGGACCCAAUACUAGAGUCUACAAGUGGCUCCCCCAGAAUGAUCUUCUUGGACACCCCAAAACCAAAGCCUUCAUAACUCACGGUGGAGCCAAUGGCGUCUAUGAGGCAAUCCACCAUGGAAUCCCCAUGAUUGGCAUUCCUCUGUUUGGAGAACAACAUGAUAACAUUGCCCACAUGGUGGCCAAAGGAGCAGCUGUUGCAUUAAAUAUCAGAACAAUGUCAAAGUCAGAUUUGCUCAAUGCCCUGGAGGCAGUCAUCGACAAUCCUUCCUAUAAAGAGAAUGUUAUGUGGCUAUCAACCAUUCACCAUGACCAGCCUAUGAAGCCACUAGACAGAGCUGUCUUCUGGAUUGAGUUUGUCAUGCGCCACAAAGGGGCCAAACACCUGAGACCACUCGCCUUUAAUCUCACCUGGUACCAGUACCACUCUCUGGAUGUGAUAGGAUUCCUACUCACCUGUGUGGCAGCCAUUGCUACCCUUACUGUAAAGGGCUGCUUGUUUGUUUACCGAUUCUUUGGAAGGGAGGAAAAGAAAAAGAAGAAUGAAUAGAGCUCAUUGAAAACACACUACAUGAACUGAAUUUCAGCAUCCUUCUAAUUUAUGAACCACCUUCCAAACAUUCAUUGAUUACUUUAUCAAAGCAUAUCUUCUUUGUAAUUUUUAUAGCAUGUAAGAAGACAUAUAGCUGUGGCUACUGAUAUGUGAUCAAAGAAUGCCAUCAUUCCUUUUAAUUUCUAAACUAUGUAAUGUAAAACAAUCAUGCAUAGGGUAUAAAAAAGGAAAAUGAGGAAGUAUUUGACAAAGUCUUAAAAAUGAAACUAUUAACCUACCAGUAUUUUAAUACUGUUCACUUGAUUCAUUCUUCAAUCUGACUCUAGAGAUUUCUAAAAUAAAAAAGCACUAAAUUUAAGUACUCACAUAUAAAUAUGGUUUUCCUGUAAAAGUCUUCAUUUUUAUAGUCUUGGGGAUAGUGUGGUUUAUUUUAGAAAUACAUUUUAAAUGGUAGGGAUUUGUACGCUCCAUAGAAAUUAUUAGCAAAUAUCAAAUGAUCAAAAUUUCAUUCUAAAAUAGAAUAUAAAAUUCAGUCAUCUACUUCAUAGACUAUAAUUUUUCUGAGUUAAUAUCUAUAUAGAAUGGGUUGACUAUUAAAAUAUGUAAAAUUGUGACAUACUAAAACAAGGUUUUCUCCAAUAUUUUCAUAUGAAAUUUAGAGCAUUUUAAAUCAUACACUCCAGUUAUCAAAUGUUGAUAAAGAACAGAGUUCUGCAAUCUAGUGGAGAAGCAAUAUUUCAAGGCCUUUAUUCAAGAGUUUGCAAAGAAAACAUCUGAAGCUGAAAGAUUAAGUAAAAACAGGGUUGGAAAAUGAAUUACCUACUCUUUUGUUGCUGUAUCAAAAUAUACUGCAGUACCCACACACCUAUGAAUACUUGAAUUUUGACAAAGAAGCCAAAACCAUUUAAUGGAAAAAAGACAGCAUCUUCAACAAAUGGUUCUGGACCAACUGGAUGUCUACAUGCAGAAAAAUGAAAAUAGAUACAUAUUUUUUACCCUGCAUAAAACUAAAAUCCAAGUGUGGAUCAAAGACCUCAACAUGAAAUCAGAUACUCUAAAUCGGUUAGAAGAAAAAGUGGGGAAGAGCCUAGAACUCAUUGGCAUAGGAGACAACUUCCUGAACAGAACACCAACAGCACAGACUCUAAGAGCAACAAUCAAUAAAUGGGACCUCAUGAAACUGAAAAGCUUCUGUAAGCAAAAGAUACUGUCAUCAGAACAAAAUGACAGCCUACAGACUGGGAAAGGACCUUCACCAACUCUAUAUCUGACAGAGGGAUGAUAUCCAGAAUAGAUAAAGAACUAAAGAAGUUAAAAAAGCAAUAAAUCAAGCAAUCCAAUUUAAAAAUGUGGUACAGAGCUAAACAGAGAAUUCUUUAUAGAGGAAUAUAGAAUGGAAGAGAAACACUUAAAGAGAUGCUCAACAUCCUUAGCCAUCAGGGAGAUGCAAAUCAAAACAACACUGAGAUUUCACCUUACACCCAUUAAAAUGACUAAAAUAAAAAACUCAAAUAACAACACAAGAUGGAUAGGUUGUGGAGAAAGGGGAACCCUGGUAGGACUGUAAACUUGAACAAUCACUUUGGAAAUCAAUCUGGCACUUUCUCAGACAGUUAAGAAUGCUGCUUCCUCAAGAUCCAGCUAUAACACUCCUAGGCAUGUAUCCAAAAGAUACUCAAGUACACAACAAGAAAAUUUGUUCAACCAUGUUUGUAGCAGCUUUAUUCAUAAUAGCCAGAACCUGGAAACAACCCAGAUGUCCAUCAAUGGAGGAAUGGAUACAGAAAUUGUGGUACCUUUACACAAUGGAAUACUACUCAGCAAUUAAAAACAAGGAAAUCAUGAAAUUUGCAGGCAAAUGGUGGGAUUUACAAAAGAUCAUUCUGGGUGAGGUAUCCCAGAAGGAGAAAGACACACAUGGUAUAUAAUCACUUAUAUAGACCUAUAAGAUAUGGUAAACAUACUGAAAUCUAUACACCUAAAGAAGAUAAAAAAAGGAGGACCUGGGGUAAGAUGAUCAAUCCUCACUUAGAAAGAAAAUGGGAUGGUCAUUGGAAGUAGGAGAAAACAGGUAACAGGAGAGGAGUCUACCGCAGAGGGCCUCUGAAAGACUCUACCUAGCAGUGUAUCAAUGCAGAUGUCCAGACUUAUAACCAAACCUUUGGCAGAAUGCAGGGACUCAUAUGAAAGAAGGGGGAGUUAAUAUGACCUGGAGAGGACAGGAGCUCCACAAGGAUCUAAUAUAUGAGGGCACAGGGGUCUUUUAUGAGACUGUUUCUCCAACCAAGGACCAUGUAUGGAUAUAACCUAGAACCUCUGCUCAGAUGUAGCCCAUGGUAGAUCAGUAUCCAAACGAGUUCCCUAGUAAGGGGAACAGGGACUGUUUCUGACAUGAACCCAUUGGCAGGCUCUUUGAUUCCCCUGCCCCCCUAAGGGAGGGAAGCCUUGCUAGGCCACAGAGGAGGACUUUGCAGCCAGUCUGAAGAUACCUGAUAAGCCAGGGUCUGAUGGAAAGGGAGGAGGACCUCCCCUAUCUGUGGACUUGGAAAGGGGCAAGGAGGAGAUGAGGGAGGGAGGGUAAAAUUGGGAUGAGGAAGAGGGCUACAACUGGGAUACAAAGUUAAUAAGCUGUAACUAAUAUUAAAAGAAAAUUAAAAAAAUUAAAAAUAAUAUACUGCAGCUCAAGGCAAAAACAAAACAGUUUAUUUUGAAUUCUGGUUAAAGUCAUUAGAAUGCAUGGUAGGUGAGCAGGCAAGGCUGUAGGGAGCAGAAGGAUUCUCCCUGAUCACAAAUAAGUAGCAGAGACAAUAGUAGAAAGUGGGCCAAGCUGCAGAUUUGCAGAACUUCUUCCAGUGAUUCACUUCCUCCAGCAAGAUUUAAAUUCCUUAGUACUCUAAAACCUCAAACAGCACCACCAAUUUAGGAAAAGGGGUUCAGCUAUAUCAGUUUAUCAGAGACAUUUUUCAUUCAAACCAUAGCAGGAAAUAACCUUGUUUCUAAAGUCUCAUUUCUUAGCAUCCCAUAGGUUCUUAGCAUUCUGUUACUCUAUCUGUAAGUCUAUCACAGCACCACAGAACACUUGCACUUCUUCAGUGUAAGUUAACUGUGAUCAUGAAGCUUGAUAUAUGUUUGAAAUGAAGUACAUGAGCAAGGGAUACUGACUAGCAGCCACACUGGUGGUCAUUCAUGAGAGGAUCUGUUGUGAUUUGAGAACUGUUAUAAGAGAGCUAUGUAACAUUUAUGGCAGUUAUCUUUCAGCAUCAAAAUUCAAAAGAUAUUAACAUAAAAAUAAGUGUCUGGUUGGAUGUAUAAAUAUGCAACCUAAUAUUUUAGGAUAAAUUCAAA